AUGUCAAUACCUCAUUUUCGAGAAAUAACUGAAUGUCGUUUAUCAGAAGAUUAUGAUCAUCAAACUCCAAUAGAUCUUAAUCUAGUACGCUUUAAUGCACACCAAUUAGCAAAUCAACAAUUAUUAUUAACAAGAAUAAGUCCUAUAGACAAUUGGGAUAAACCUGAUAUAGAUUUUUUUCAUUGUUCAUCAACGAAAGAUGAUUUACUUCGUGAAAUAGCUCUAAUGAAAUUGUUAAACAAUGAAAAUCAUUCAUUAUCAAAACCUAUAUCUGGUCCUUUAUUGUAUAAGCAUUUAAAAUUAAAAACAAGUCUUGCACAAAAUUUCCAACCAUUGGAUGGAGAAUGUUAUACGAAAUUUAAAAUGAUACUAUGGCCAUGUAUUAUGGAUUAUUAUCAAGUUGAUAUUCAUACAUUACCAUCCAUAUCUCGUUAUAAUAAUAAUUUCGAAGAUUUAUAUAAAUUUUCAAUUAAUUUCUCACAUUCGGCUAUUGAAUUAUUUUCUAUUGUAGCUAUUCGAAAUCUAAAUAAUUAUUCGUUUCAAUUGUUAUCUAACGAUAAUCAACUUGAAUUAUUAAUAAAUAAGCUUGUGCAAAAUAUUAUUAUACAAUAUCAAGGUCAAUAUAUAAAAGCAGAAAAAUUUACUAAAAAACAUUUAGAAAUAUUAGCGAAUUCAAUGAUCGAUUACAAUCAGUGGGGUCCAUAA